AUGGCCCACCACCAGCAGCAGCUGCGUCCUUCGCACCAAGACGAGCCGAUAAGAUCGAUUCACAACUCAGAGAUGCAAUUUAAGUCGUUGCUGGCGGAGAGACGCGAGGAGGAAUACGAGAACGCCAAAGCCAAGGGGGACGAGGAGGACGAGGACGAGGAGGAGAAAGUGGCGACGCCCAACCAAGGGGCAGACCACAGUGUGCAGUUCUACGAAGACGCCGAGUUCCUGUGCCGCGCAGUCGGGCGCUUCGCCGCAAGGGGUCUCCGACAAGGCGAGGCUGUCAUCGUGGUGGCCCGCCGCCCGCAUCUCGAGGGCAUCGAGCGGGUCCUGGAGGCGCGCGGGAUCGACCUGGCGGCCUGCCGUGCCCGUGGCCAACUGUCCACGCCCGACGCCGAUGCCCUGCUGGCCCAGUUCAUGGUGGACACCACCGCUACCGAUGCGGUGUCGACCACCAUGCCAGACCCGGAACUCUUCCUGUCGAGCGUCGGGUCGCUCGUAAAAGCACACCUCGCCCGCUUCCCGCGCCUUCGCGUCUUUGGCGAGAUGGUCGACAUACUGUGCUCGUCGGGUAGCCCGGCGGCCGCAGUCCGACUCGAAGAACUGUGGAACGACCUGGCUGCUGGCCAACAGCGACAAGGGCGGCCGUUCAGCCUUCUGUGCGGCUACGCCCUCGGCCAGUUUGGGCGCGAGGAGCACACGCGCGUGUUCCGCGACGUGUGCGCCGCACACGCACGCGUGGUGCCGUCCGAGAGCUACCAGGCGUUGCGCGAGGACCGCGACAACCAGGAGCGCCUUAUCGCGGGCCUCCAGCAGCAGGCGCUCGCCCUCCAGGCCGAGGUGGCCCACCGCCGCGCCGUCGAGGCCCAGCUUCACCAGGCCAAGGAGGCCGCCGAGGCCGCCAACCGCGCCAAGAGCAUGUUUCUCGCCAUCAUCAGUCACGAGCUGCGCACGCCGCUCACCGCCAUCGUGGGCUAUGCCGAGCUCAUGCUCGCCCCGGCCGAGAAAGGCGAGACGAGCGCAGGUGAGAGGCAGGAGACGUUGGAGGUGAUUCUGCGCAACGGGCGCGAGCUGGUGCGGCUGCUCAACGACGUGCUCGACCUGUCCAAGAUGGAGGCCGGCUUGCUUCAGGUCGAGCGCGUGCCGUUCAAGCCGGCCGACCUGGUGGCCGACGUGAUGCACGUGUUGCGCCUGCAGGCCGCCGAGAAGCGGCUGCGCGUGCGGGUCGAGGUCGGGCGCGACGUGCCGGCGCGAGUGUCGGGCGACCCGACGCGGCUGCGCCAGAUCCUGCUCAACAUCGUGGGCAACGCGCUCAAGUUCACCCCGGCCGGUGGCACCGUCGACGUCGAGUUCCGCAUGCUUGGCCACACCACGCUUUCGCCGUCACCAUCAACUUCGCCACCAGCAUCGUCGCUCGCGGCAGGAGCCUCACUGCUCGAGUGCACGGUGCGGGACACCGGGUGCGGCAUGACGCCCGAGCACGCGCAGCACCUGUUUCAGCCCUUCUCGCAGGGCCCCGACUCGUCGAUGUCGCGCCAAUACGGCGGCACGGGUCUCGGCCUGUUUCUGUCACGCCAGCUGGCUCGCCUCCUCGGCGGCGACCUCGUGCUCGCGCACACCGCGCCCGGCCACGGGGCCACAUUCGUCGCCACCGUGCAGGCCGACGCCGACCCGGUGCUGCCCGACGACCACGAGCACCACCCACACCAGGCACAAGCCGCCGCCGUGACGGCAUUGCCACUGUCUCAGCCGGCCGGCUCGGCGUCGCUGUCUUUUGAGAGCAUAGACCGCGCGUCGAUCUCGGUUCUCGUGGUGGACGACAACGCAGUCAAUCGGCGCUUGGUGCAGCGGGUGCUCGAGCGCCUGGGCUACGUGGACGUGGCCACCGCGGCCGACGGCCUCCAGGCGCUCAACCACAUGGCGGAGCGUCACAGCGAUCUCGUGCUGAUGGACCUGCAGAUGCCCAUGAUGGACGGCCACUCCGCGUGCCAGGCCAUCCGCAAGAUCUACGAGGACCAGCAGCGCGCCCAGCAGCCCGUCAUCAUCGCUCUGACGGCACAAGCGCUGAGUGACGAGCGAGACCGAUGCGUGGCGUCAGGCAUGGACGACUUUGUGAGCAAGCCCUUCGACUUCAAGGUCCUCACUCACAAGCUUGCUCACUGGGCCUCUAUCAUCGUGGAGCGUCGCCUGCAGUCCGUCUCAUAUUCAAAUUGA